AUGGGUCUCCAUCCACGAUUUUGGUGGGACGAGGCCGAGGAGUCUCAAACCACCCAGGAUGGUGCAGAGGAGCAGGAGUCCCAGAAGCAAUCGGAGCCCGAGGCGGCUGUGGAGGAGGACAACUUGACGCCCGUCCUGAAGCUGAUGUCAGCCGGGAAGUUCGAGGAUGCCACGAGAGAGCUCAUGAAGAUGCUCAAGGAUGCGCCUGAGGACCCGGUGGUCCUCCACAACUUGGGGGUGGCCUUCACUGAGGAAGGCAAGUUCCAGGACGCGGAGGAAAAGUUUCUGCAGGCCUGGGAGAGUCAGAAGAAGGCGGACAAGGUGAACUAUGCCACCAUGUUCGGCUUGGCCACAGUACUCACCGAGCAAGGUGAGACUGGGAAGUUGAUGCAAGCAGAGGCCUUGUUCCACGACUUUCUGGAGAUGGCCAUUUCCAAGGAGGAGAAGGCGAUUCCUGAGACCUACCGUGGCUUCGUUGGUCUGGCGGACAACCUCGAGCGCCAGAAGUGCCCGCUCUCAGAACGGUUGCCGCCGGCUCGCUGGGCCGGGUGUCCGCUCGCGAGGCGCUGGGCGGAGGCCUCCCAGGCCUGGCAGAACGCCGUGGACAUGGCCGAGCCCAUGCCCGCGGCUCAGCCCAGCCCACUCGGACUCGGCCCACGCCGAUAG